AUGCCGCCAGAGUACACGACAACAGUCUAUGAAGAGAAACCUAUUGCAAAGGGCAAAGUCAGUAUAGCAUCGUGGUCACCCAAAAUGGACAUUAUUGCUAUCGGGUCACCCAGUGGAAUUGUCUCUUUACACCGGUAUAAGAUGGGCAUAAAUUGGGAGGUCCACUCCUCUGAUUCUGGUGGCGUGACGUACUUAGCCUGGCGACCCGACGGGAAAGUCCUCUCUGUCGCCUAUGAAUGCGGACGCCUAAAGUUCUUGAAUCUCCUCGACGGUAGCGUUCUGCAUUCUAUGGAGUUCGGCACAGCCGUGAUUCGCCACUUGACCUGGGUGUCGUGUGAACACAAUGUCACCACAAAGCAAACCAUCUUUCCCCCUUUUGAGUCACUCUCCAUCUUUACAGAUGAUCUCUUUUCGAACCGUCAAGAAGUGUCGCAGCUGUCUAAACCGUGGCUUGAUCCUGACUCAAAGCCCUCUGUUCUAAUUGUCCACUUUGCGGACAAUACAGUGCGAUUCUAUGGGUGCGGGUUCUAUGAGCUAGCUUCGCUAAAAUUACCUGUUGAUUGCAGGUCUUACGAAUGCAUUAUGGCACAAGAUUUCGCUUCCUUCGGCUACUUCAGUCUCACACAUCAAGGUGUCCUGACUCUCAAUAAGAUUCCCUCGCGUGCUCUUGGCGAACGCUGCCUACCCAUGCGAAAUAUUUCAUUCCACAUAGCAGCUCUUCUUCAUUGCAAGCAGCUGUUGGAGUGGAGCCUAAAACAACUCAGGAACGCAUGGGAGAAUACACUCCUGGAAUUGGACACAAAAUUGACAUCUUAUUCACGUGAGCGGCUUCGGAGUUCUUCGACCUGGUCCCUUCGCAACGAGCUGCUGGAAAUCAUUCUCUUCGGUCAUGUGUCACCCCAGUUGCGGGAGUUUUUCCAGCGUGAUUGGACUCCAGUGGCCAUCCGAAGAGCUGGAAUCGCCAUGUUUAAGGCCUAUGGCAGUAUGAAGGCUAUUACUUUUCAACAGUUGCAAUAUGGAUUGAUGCGUCUAAUUUGCGAGGCAAGUGAAUUGUUGGGAUGCGUUCGCGACCGUCAGAUUUGUGAAUGCUUUGGACUUACAGAGAAGGUGGUGGUUGACCUCAUUCGAACUGCCGGAAGCACACUUCAGAAAACCCUGGAUCUGCAUCUAAUCGUCAACCACUGCAGUCAAUAUCUGCGUCCAUUUUUCCAAUGGUUCUAUGGAGUCGCCCUGUCAAGUACCAAAGAGACAUCAGAAAAAGCUGACAUCAAAGUGUCACCCACAGAACGCAAUUUGAUAAUCACUUUUGUCUCAGAACGCCUCAGACCCUUCUUUGUGGACGGUCAAUUGAAGAGCUAUCAAAUCGAACUCGUUGAACAGUACAUUCGAACGGGCGGCACCACAAAACCUGUCGAUGAACUGCUGGGCAUUCAAACCACCAGUGAAAAUUACAAACGGGCGAAGUUGAAGGAUAUCAUCCCGCUUCCGACGGAUUUCGAAACAAAAUAUUUUCCUGAGGGCAUUUUUGUCACGACCAACGCGUCUUUAGCCGACCUCAUUGAAGUACAAUUGGCAGGACGCAUCGACAAACUGGCCGCCUUCGGAGGGGAGCAAUCCUCACCCAGCGAAUUGUUCAGUGAGCCGGAAAGACCAGUUCCCCUAAUGGCGAAUGUCAACGAUAUCUCUCGACUUCACAUCUGUCACUUCUCCUGUCUCAUGACGUCUCCUCAAAAGGCUCCGACCGUCCCCUUGCUAGGCCUCCAGGCACUCACUGGAACAGUUGAUCGAAUCGCAUAUGUGAAACCACGGGACGAAGGCGCAGUCGAUGUUUACGACGCUAUUCUCGUUUUCUCUUCUGACCCUGUCGAACCCUACCAAAUUGUGGAUUUGAAAUUCAUUGAAAUAAAUACUCUUGUGGCCCUGAUUUACCGUGAGGCGGACGCCUCAUCGACAGAGACCCUUCAGUGGUUCAUCUUCAUCCCCCUGGAACAGGGGCUCAGCGGUGCUCCUGAACUGGCCACAUUAUCCAUUUUGCUGGCGUCCUCUAAUCUCACCGAUGUGCUGCUCAGAAAUCCGCUGCCGAUGUCCAAACUGGUCACGGAGCCACUGCAAGUUCACUCCUUACCCCGAAAGCCCUCUUGGUUUGCUGUCAAUGACGAAAGACGAACCAUCUUUGUGAUGUUUGACUCCAUUUGCCGUGUGUAUAUUAUGGAACGCGUCACAACCGGCGAGGAAGAAGGGGAAGAUGUGGAUGAAAGUCUCUAG